AUGGAGUGUAACCAUCGUCCCAGCUCCCCAUUUCUCCAUGAAGUUUGCCAACUUUCGAGAGUCCUUCGACGAGAUAUACUGAAAAAUUCGUUGAAGCAAAUUGAAUCUCGAAUCAUAAAUGGGAAGAAUGCUGAACUCGGUCAAUUUCCUUAUCAAGCCAAACUCAUAAUAGAAACGGAUCAAGAUAGAGCGCUGUGCGGUGGAAGUCUGCUUAGUGACGUAUGGGUUUUGACUGCAGGACAUUGUGUGGAAAAUGCUCGAUCAAUUGAGGUUACGCUUGGUGCAGUGGAUUUCAAUGAUCAAGGAGACGAUGGACGAACUGUUCUCAACUCGACGGAAUAUGUUCGUCAUCCGGAUUACAACCCGAGUACGCUUGCUAACGAUGUCGCCGUAGUUAAACUUCCAGAGAGUGUGACUUUCAGUGAUCGGAUUCAACCGGUAAAUCUUCCGGCAGGCCACAGUAGCUACAAUCGACAGUCGGCCUUGAUCAGUGGAUGGGGGUUAACCAGGGAUAACGGCGCACCCGCUCAAAGAUUGCAAUAUACCACCCUGACCGUUAUUCGCAACAACCAAUGCGAACUUUUCUACCCAAACGGGGUACAGUCAACGACACUCUGCUGUAUGGAUGAUUAUCGAGAUUCAAUGUGCACUGGCGAUCCCGGAGGACCAUUGGUUCUGUACAACAUGAACCGGACACAGAUUGGUGUGCGUAGUUUUACAAGACCCAAUUGUGAACGGAUGAUGCCGGUAGGAUUCGCCAGACUGACCGAAUACGUCGAUUUUAUCAGACAAGUAACUGGCAUUACGGAAUAA